CAAGUAAUCGGUUCUGCUUGGACUUUGUUAUGUUCUAGUCAUCAAUCUGUUGUUUGUUCUGUUCCCCUAAAACAGCUUAUGACAUUAUGGGGCUCCUUCCGACCCAAAAGUCUUUCUUCCCUAUUACUUCUCUGGAUUCGUUAGUCAGUCUCUUUCAGUGGGAGCUGUCGCGCCCCGAACCUGACUUGGCCCUGCUAUCUCUCACUUUAGGGUUUGUUGAGCACUUUCUAGCAGUCAAUCGUGUAGUGCCUACUAAUGUGUCUUCCCUGCCAGAUACAGGCCCGGCUUUAUUAGCUAAAAUUGGUGGCGAAGGAGCAAAGGUAAACAGAAAGAUCUCCAGUAAACAAGGGAAGAAUGAAAGUAUAAAGGCAGAGCAGGGAAAGAGAGAAACAAGGGCUGACAUUACAAGAAAGGGUGGCUCAGGGGGGCACACAAAAAAAGAAGGGGAAGUAAGUUCUGUUGAAAUAACAUCCUCAACUAAGGAGAAUAGCAAAAGUGGAAGAGAAUGCUCAGAAGAAAAAAGAGACAAGGAUGAAGGAAAUGAAGACAGCACCAAUAAGAACCUUCAUUCUAAGGCAGCUCAGAGAAAAGAGGCUAAAGGGCCAGUUAAAGAGGGGCCAUCAAAUGAAACUUCUAAAGCAGAAUCGGCUAGGCUCGGAAUUCCAUAUUUUCCAGCACUGGAGUUGUCAGUUGCACAAGCACUUCAUGCCCGCUUCACAGCCCAGACUCGUGGAGCAGUGGAUCUGUCUUGUUAUCCCAGAGAAGAUGGUGUGUCUGGACGUGAACUAAUCCGGAGAGUGUCAGAUGUUAUCUGGAAUGGGCUGAGUCGUUCAUAUUUCAAAGACAGAGCCCAUAUACAAUCACUAUUUAGUUUUGUAACAGGUACAAAAUUGGACUCACCUGGGGUGGCUUUUGCAGUGGUGGCUGCCUGUCAGGUUCUUGGACUCUCUGAUGUACAUUUAGCUUUAUCAGAAGACCAUGCGUGGGUUGUGUUUGGAAAAGAUGGAGAGCAGACAGCUGAAGUAACUUGGCAUGGAAAAGGAAACGAGGACAGAAGGGGGCAGUCUGUAAGCUCGGGUGUCUUGGAGAAGAGCUGGCUUUAUUUAAAUGGUCGGUAUUUGCGUUGUGACCGCCACAUGGAGGUGGCUUUCAUGGUUUGUGCCAUAAACCCUUCAAUUGAUGCUCACACAGACAGCCUGGAGUUGCUGCAGCUGCAGCAGAAGUUGCUGUGGGUAUUGUUUGAUGGAGGACACCUGGACAAAUAUCCCAUGGCUCUGGGUAAUUUGGCAGACCUCGAAGAUUUGGCUGCAACCCAUGGACGUCCCAAUCCCCUGGAAAUCUAUCAUAAGGCUGUUUCCUCUUCUCGUCUUCACUAUGAGAAUCAGCACUUAUAUCCACACAUUUAUUUGGCUGCUUAUCACUGUCGGAAUAAAGAUAUACGAGAGGCACUAAAAGCCUGGGCUGAGACUUCUGCAGUCAUCCAAACUUACAAUUAUUGCCGUGAAGAUGAAGAGAUCUAUAAAGAUCUGUUUGAUAUAGCCAAUGAUUUGUUACCCAAUCUUUUGAAGGAGGAAGCCAUGUCACCUGAUGGUCCGUCUGGUUCUGCUCUUCAAGACCCUGUAUGCUUUGCAAACCUCCUACGUUUCUAUGAUGGAAUCUGCAAAUGGGAAGAAGACAGUCCAACCCCUGUCUUACAUGUUGGAUGGGCAACUUUCUUGGUACAGUCUCUGGGAAGAUUUGAUGCUCAGGUCAGGCAGCAGAUUACAUUAUUGAGCUCAGACUCUUCAAAUGAGGAUGAUGAUUCUGAAGACUCCAGAAGAAGGGGUCCACGUCGAGAGUCUAAAACUGGAGAGCCCACCCAACCUUCUUCAAAUGAUGGACCCUCUCCUGAGCAAAAAGUAGAAGAAUCAGAACAUGAACAAUUGCUCACAUUCACAUUUCAAAGUCAGAAAAUGAAAGGCAUGAAGGAGCUGUUAGUGGCUGCAAAAGUGAACUCCAGUGCCAUUAAAUUGCAACUUACUGCUCAGUCACAAGUACAGCCAAAAAGAGCCCGAGGGUCUGGUGCAAGAGAUUAUAAUCUGGGCUAUUUAAAAAGACAGCGCAAAGGGGUGUAAGAAAAUAAGUGAAAUGCUUACCCAGAAAGGGUAUAUAAUGGAACAAUUUAAAGUUUUAUUUUUGUUACUGAGCAGUUUUUUUUUCUUUUGAGAAAAUAAAUAUUUAAAUUUUAGUAUUAA